AAACCAAAUCAAGCCAAACCAAAAAAAUAGUUAUCGUCUUUGUUAUAGCCUAUAGGCUUCUAGCCAUAAUAAAAUUGUCGAUAAGAUAGAUGCCUCUGGUGUUAUCCGGAAUGGCUUCACUAAACGCUACUGCGAGCCUCCCACUUUCGAACCACCACCGCCAAAGGCUAACGUGCGCAUUAUCGUCGUCACCUCCGGUAUGGAAACAGAGCCGACGAGUGAUCUCCGUCUCCUUCUUCCUCUCCCGCCUCCUUCUCCUCCCUAACGAUGCCAUGGCGAGUAGCUUGAUUGAUAAGUACGUGAAGAGGAAAAGACUUGAUCCACUCGAAGCAUAUGUACCACCAGUUAUUCUAGCUCAGCUACAGUUCCAAGAUCUUGAGAAAAUUUUGAGCGUGGACAAGCCUGAAUUCGAGGCAUGUAGAUCGGUACUCAGGUCUGGACCUGCUAGUUCCUUGCGUGUAAACAUUCGAGCCGUUGCUCAGUACGCUUCAGAUGCUGGUUAUUCCCAAACCGCGUCUAAUGACGUUGAUCGCUGCCUCAGAGCAUUGGAAGAAAUGGAUUCGCUGUUUCUACGUGCGUCGAGGAAGGACCCAAACGCAACUGUUGAAUUGAUGAAGUCGCAGCUUGGAACAGCGUUAACAGCACUAGACAGCCUUUUACAAACAGUUCCUUCUGAAGUUCUUGAUAAAGGGAAAGCUAUGGUUGAAGUGUACAGAUCACCAUUCGAAGAAGACAAUGUUCAAGACUCCGCUGAGAUACAGCAGCUCCAGUCAAUACUGUGAGCAAGGGACUUUUACUAUCCAGACAGUUCUGAUUCCGUGUAUCUAUGAGAUCCUAUAUUGUUAACCUGAAUUGAAGUAUAACAUUGCAUAUACUAAAACCUGAACAGUGGGCUGCUAAUGUAAGAAAACGUUUCACCAAAUUGUGGUUGCUUAGUCCCAAGUAUUCAGCUUGUAUCAUGUUUUAACACUGAUAUUGAAAUUGAAUUAUGUCUAAUAUGGAAAAAUAUUUCAGGUCUUCUAAUGAAUAAAUGUUUCAAUCUUUUCUUUCAAUGAAAUGUAAAACUUCCUCUGUGGUUUCUGAAGUAGAUAUCAAGUAAAAAAAAAAGGCAGGCAUGGAUCCAGAACAUAUAUUCUUUGUCUUCUCAUUACUUGAUGAUCUUACUUCAAAAGACAAAACAGACUCCAUUCUUGUAGAAUAUGUUACUGUCCCAAGUUUGUCACUAAAGAACCUUGUGUGGACUAUUUGGGCCUUUCACCCUUCCUUUGCUUUCCAUGCCUUUUUUUUUUUUUGCACUGUCGUGUCCUUGUUUGAGCUUAAAAAUCAGAAUUGUACAAACAAACUAAACUUGAGUGGGUGUUGGGUGUUCGACAAAGAGGGCAUUCUUGCUUCUCAUUGCACCAUUCCAUAAUGCAGCUCC